AACACCGACGCGAGUGAAAGAAAGACGUAGAAAUUUUCAAGUAAACAAUUUUCUCCGCAAAUUUUAUACAAAAAAUCAAAUAAAAUAUUAAAAAUUUUACGUAAAAUUACUAUAAUAAUAAAUAAAGUUAUUAGUGCAUGCAAUCGUUACAAACAAAUGUUAAUAUAAAGUGUUUUUAAAAGAAAAAACUAAAAGCGAAAAAAAAUUUGUGAAUAAAUUUGAAGCAUGUAGAAAAAAUUGGAAGUGUCUAAUAAAGUACAACAAGAAAGAAAGAGAAAGAAAAUUGUGUAAAAAAAUAGUGGAUGAAAAAGAAUAUAAGAUCAACAGAGAUAAAACUAUAAAUACCUGAAGGACGUUUUGUGUGUUUUUUUGUUUUUACACACAAAUAUUUUAUAUUUUGUUUUUCAUUAUUAUUAUUUUGUGUGUUUUUAUACAUGUUUUUACACCUUUUCGGAGGGAAGACAAAAUUUGUAUAUUAAGAAAAAAAGUGUUGAACACAGCUAGUAUUGUUUUCCGCAAACAAGAGGAGAACGUAAAUAAAUAAAAUAAUAACAUUAUUUUAACAAAAUUGUAUUAAUAAAAAUUAUGUAAAUAGUUGUUUGUGAAUAAAAGAAAUAUAAUCCUUGGAAAAUAGAAAAAAGUGUUAUCAUACUAUUUUGUGCAAAAAGUUUCGUAAAAAACAGUCUAAAACUGGAUAACAUAAUGGGCAGUUCGGAUGAUCGCGUUUACGCGGCAGAGCGUAUUAUACAAAAACGUAUUAGAAAGGGGCAUUGUGGAUACCGCGUCAAGUGGAAAGGCUGGAAUCAACGUUACAACACCUGGGAACCCGAAGUCAACAUUCUUGAUCGCCGACUCAUUGAAAUCUAUGAACAAGGUAAUAAAUCUUCUAGUACUCCCUCAAAGCGUGGUCCCAAAAGGAAGGAAAAAGAACGUGAUCCUGAUCCCGAACCCGAAUCCGAUGAUGAAUACACCUUCACCGAAGAAGAUGCUCAACCAAGUCAUGCCUCAACCUCAGCGGCGGCGGUAAGCACUAUUUCCGCAACAAACACAGCAAACGCAACAUCCUCCUCCAAUUCUGCCUCUUUAACAUCCGCCUCAGCAAAUAGUGGUCAUAAUCAUCACCAUUAUCAUCACGAUAAGGAUAAGGAGAAAGAAAAAGAUAAAGAGAAGAAACAUCAUCACCACCAUCAUCAUCACCAUCACAGUUCUAAGCUAGAGCGUUCAACAAGUAGACGUUCCGAAUCACCACAUACACAUGGCGAAAGUAAGAGGCAAAAGGAACAUGCUGCAGCGAAUUCCUCAUCUUUAGCCUUUAUACCCGAAGCAGAUACGAAUUCUUCUAGUUCGGAAGAUCAACCAUUAAGUCGAAAGGAAGUGGGUACUAAACGCAAGGCUGAAGUACUUAAAGAAUCGGGUAAAAUUGGGGUAACCAUAAAAACAUCACCAGAUGGACCACCACCCGCCAAAAUACAUUGUUCAGUGGAUACAGCUACACCCAUAUCCACACCACUUAAAGCUGAAACAGAACCUUUAUCGCCCGAAACACCAGCCUCAAGGCCAGAGCAGGCAACACCCUCAGAAAAACCUCAACAGUAUAAUGCCCAAGAUGAUGAUGACGAUGAAUCUUCUUCACAAGCGGAAUCACAAAAUGAAACUGAAAAUAAUAACAUUCAUCACAAUAACAACAACAACAAUAACAAUAGUAAUAAUAACAACAAUAACCAGCGUCAACAGCAUUUCGAUAAUAAUUUGGAAAAUUCACCGCCUAAACAAAAAUCACAACAACCCCUAACACCUCUCUCCCCGCAAGCUUUACCGCCCCGCUUCUGGUUACCCGCCAAAUGUAAUAUUUCCGAUAAGGUAGUUAUCACCGAUGUUACGGUAAAUUUUGAAACUGUUACCAUUAGAGAAUGUAAAACCGAAAGAGGCUUUUUUCGUGAACGCGAUAUGAAAAGUAGUGAUUCUGUAGCCUAAACACGAAACAGAAAACAAACAAAGAAUGUUUGUUAGAACAUGGCCAAAAGUUAAGGAUUAAAAGAUUGCUAAAAACAAAUUAACAAAUUCCUAAAAGGCACUUAAUGAGACUAAAUUGUAACUGAAUGUAAAGCAGGACUUUAAAGUUCAAAAUUUGCCAUUUUGUAUACAAAAUAUUUAUUUUUCUAAGCAAAUUUUGAAUUUAAGUUUUAAAGAAAAACAUUUUAUUUUUUCUCCUUUUCUUGAUUUUUUUUUUGGCGCUUUAUAAAUCAACCAAACAGAGUUAUAUUUACUCUUAUGAAGAAAGAAAAGUUUGUUGCCUAUAUGUAAGUGUAAAUAUAUACCAGAAAAUAACUAGCAAGUAAAUAUUUACAAAAGUAUAUUAUACGAAUUACAACAUUUAUUAAAAAAAAGAAAAAAGAAAAGAAACCUAAAAGUAUAUUUUUGUAGUGCUUGAAAAAGUAAAAAAAAAACAAAAACAAAACUAAAAACAUUCUUGAAAAUUAAAAAUUUAUGAAGCUCUUUAUAAAACGAUAUUAUUAUCUAUAUAUUUAGAUAUACAACUUAACUUUAAACUUAAACCUUGAUAUUUAUAAUCAUACCUUUUAUUAUUUGCUAUUGUUUAAAAACUUAAAACUAUUAAAUUAAAAAAAAACAAACAAAUUGUUUAAAAUAUUAGAAGAUUUCUUUGAAUAUUAGUUUGUUGUAGUGAAUAAUAGUUUUUAGUUUUUAAACAAAACUUUUUUAUUAGUUAUAUUUUAUAUAAUUUUUUUUUUUUUUUGAAUUUUUAUUUCAUACUUUUGUGUACAUAAUUUUAUACCCUCUUUUUUUUUUUUUUUUGAUAUCCAUUUACAACUUUAAGUUGUAUUUAACAUUAAAUUUGUUUAUUAAACUCUUAAUUUAAAGAGUUUUUAUUCUAAAUUAUACCAAAAAUUAUUUCUAAAUACAAACACCAAUAUAUUAAAAAAAAAUAAUUGAUUUUCUUAUUAAAUCUUCUGAAUGCCUUUCUUUUGCAUCAUUAAAUGUUUAAUAUAAUAAGGUCCAUACCUCUUAAGGCCAAGAAAUUGCGUUUUAACUUCUAGACUAUCCACCUGCAAUAGAUGCUUUAUAAAAUUAUUGUAAUUUUGUUUAUUCAAAAAGCAAAAUUUUAUUCUUUUUGUACAAUAUGAAUACGAUAUUGGUUAAUGUUAAUACUUUAAUUGUAUUAGGUAAUAUUUAAACUACCUUAAAUUAAGGCUAAUAACACAAAUUAUUAAUAUUUGUUUAUAGUAUUUCAUAAGAUCUUUUAAAACAUUUUAUUAAUUUUUAUAUCAAGUAAUUUGUACUUAAAAAUUUCAACUCACUUUGUAAUCUUUUGACUAGUCUAUUGACAUGUUUAUGAAGUAGUCUAUUAAAGGGUCUAUACUAGUUUAUUGAUAAAUCUAUAGACAAAUUUAUUAUCAAGUCUAUAGACUAGUUUAUGGACUAGUCUAUUGGCAAGUCUAUGGACUAGUCAUUAACAAGUUUAUUAACCAGUCUAUUAAAGAAUCGAUGGAAUAGUGUAUUGAUAAGUCUAUGAAGUAGUCUAUUGAUUAGUCUUGUUAAGUCCACGGCCUAGUCUAUUAACAAGUUUAUAAACUAGUAUGUAGAUUAGUUAAUUGACAAGUCUAUGAACUAGUAUAUUGAUGAAGCUAAGGACUUGUCUAUUAGCAAAUCUAUUACCCAUGUCUAUAAAAGAAUCGAUGGAAUUGUGUAUUGAUAAGUCUAUCAACUAGUCUAUUGAGAUGUCUAUUGUUUAGUCUUGUUAUGUCUACGUCCUAGUCUAUUAACAAGUUUAUAAACUAGUCUAUUGAUAAAGCUAAGGACUAGUCUAUUGACAAGUCCUUAAACUAGUCUCCUGACAAGUCUUUAGACUAUUCUAUUAGGAAAUCUAUUAUUUAAUUUAUUAGCAAGUCUAUAUAAUAGUUAAUUGACAUGUCAAUGGACUAGUAUAUUGACAAGUUUGUAGACUAGUUAUAUACAAGUUUAUAGACUAAUCUAUUGACACGUCUAGAGACUAGUUUAUUGGCCCGUCUCGAAGCUAAACUAUGGAUUAAUCCAUUUACAAAUCUAUGAACUAAUAAUCUAUUAGUUAGUCUAUGAACUAGUCUAUGGGCUAGUCAAUUGAAAAGUCUAUUCACCGUGCAUUGAUUAGUAUAUUAACAAGUUAAUUGACAAGUCUAUGAACUAGCCUAUUGACAAGUCUAGUAUAUAUACAAGUUUAUAAUUUAGUCUAUUAACAAGCCUAUAGACUAGUCCAUUAAAAAAGCUAUUGACAAGUCUAGAGACCACUUAAUUAACAGACUACACUAUUGACUAUUAGCUAUUAUAUGGACUAUUCCAUGAACAAGUCAAUAGACUAGUCCAAAUUGUUUCAAUCUUUUAAUUUUCAUUCAAUCCUGAUACGACUAUAAUAUUGCUGACAAGUCUGUAGAUUAGUAUAUUGAUGAGUCUAGAGACUAGUUUAUUGGUCGGUCUACAAACUAAACUAUGGAUUAAUUCAUUCACAAAUAUAUGAACUAAUCUAUUAGUAAGUCUAUGAACUAGUCUAUGGGCUAGUCAAUUGAAAAGGCUAUAAACUAGUCUAUUCACCGUGCACUAACUAGUCUAUAAACAAGUUAAUUGAAAAGUCUAUGAACUUCCCUAUUGACAAGUCUAGUUUAUAGAUUGGUCUAUUGACAAGUCUAUGGACUAGUCCAUUGAAAAUGCUAUUGACAAGUCUACAGACUAUACAAUUAACUAUACUACAAGCUAUUAUUGGUUCUAUUCCACUAACAAGUCAGUAGACUAGCCCAAAUUGUUUCAAUCUUUGAAUUUUCCUUCAAUCCCCAUAUACGACGAUAUAAAUCUGUAAAUGCAAUAUACAACAAAUUUCUUAUAUUAAAAGGUUAUCUUUGAGAUUUAACUCCGAAAAUAACCUUUCAAAUGAUAAAUUUAAAAUGUUAAACUCUAUAUUAUUUUUAGCUUCAGUUGAAAAAUUUCCCAGGAAAAAUUUUAUGAUUAUAACCAGUACUCCUUCUAGUUUAGAAUUGAGACUAAAGUAAUUAAAUACAAAUUUUGUCACCUUUAGAACUAGUUCUGUGACAGCGUUAUCAAGAAAGACACUCAUUUUUGGAACUAUACUGAAGCUAGUUAUAAUUUGUCAGCUACAGAACUAGUUUUAAAGGAAUCUUUAGAGAACUAGUUCUUUUACAGAGAUUUUUGUGGGAAAUUCUUAAGAUUGGGAACAAUUUUGGGAGAUAGAACCUGUUCCAGAUGUAAAGCCAAAAUCAUUAGUUCAAAGGAUGUUGUUUAAGUUUUCAAAGUGGUUGCAUUUGCAGCCGUUCUAGAAGGAACGAAAUCUAAAAUUUUUCCUGGGUUAAAAUAAUUUAUGUUGAGAAUUUCCCAUUCAUUAUAAUAAUUCUUUGCAGAAUAAAGCAUUUUUAUUAUUUAACUAACUAUAACCAAUAUUAACAUUGCUUUUUAAUGUUGGAUAUGCGUUGAAAACAAAACUACCAUCAAUAUGUAUUUACUUUAGAAAUUUUUUGCAAUUUUUCCUUAAUAAUUUUUUAGAAUUCUAAAAUAUACAUUAUUUAACUUAUAAAAUUUUAAAUUAAAAUGCUAAAAUUAUAUUGCUUUUAAUUAAACAACAAAAUUAUAACAUUGUGUAGCUAAAAUAAAAAUCAAAAUAGAGAAAUAAAGCAAUAUUUCUAAGGUGUCUUAAGUUUAAAUUAAUUAAAGAUUUGCCAAAUAGUUGCUUUAAAAAAACAUGCAAUCAAGAAUCACAGCAAUUAAGAAAAAUAAUUAUAAAUUUAAGAAACAAAUCUAGCAAUCAUUUUCACCAACACCUUAGCAGUAUAGCAAACAAAUAAAAUCCCAAAUAUUAAACAAUAAAGCAUUAAAUUUUUAUUAAAAUUUAUGUUACAAAAACAAACUUAAAACAAUUUAAAAGAAAAUCAGUAUAAAACAUAAAAAUCUAAAAGAAUUACACAACCUUUUGCAAAAAAAAAAAAAAAAAAAAAAAAAAUAUAAAUUAAAUUAAUU